GAGGGAGUGUCUGCUGGGUGUAGGAGCAGGCUGACGUCUUGUUAGUGUGAAUGACUUGAAAAAAAACACUCUGACAACAGCUCAGCAGGCGACACCAUCGCGGAAAACCGAGGAACAUUUUUCUUUUGUAACUUCUUCCCGCUUCCUUCCUCCCUCCACCUGUAUGACUGCGUGAAGACGAAAGCUCAGUAAUGGAGAGCUCCAUUGAGGUUUCCAAGACUGGUGGCACCUCAAACCCCAAGCCAAGUUUAGCCCCCAAACCUCGGCUCGCUCCCAAGCCGUUUUCUCUGCAGAAGAACACCGCCAUCCGCUCCAUCCAUGCCCCAAAGCCGGUCGUCCCAAGCUCGCAAACAACAAAGCAGCAGACUGGAAAAUCUGAAGCCACAGGACUCCCCAAACCGACUGUGACCACCCCUGCUAAGAAACUCCCUCAACAAACCACCUCCUCUGAAUCCAAACCCAGCCCUGUCAGUGUGCUCACCAAAGCUCAACCAAACACAACCAAAGAAAGCAAAACAAGUCCACGUGGAGAAGAUACCCUUGAUUCUAGUGUAGGAAAAUCAGAUCCAGCCUCACAAACCACUCCACCCAAAGAGACACCCAAGUCCAAGCCAGUCCAGAAAGACGAUGUCAUCCAAGCAAACCAUAGAGCAUCCACAGAUAUUGUAACUAAACCACAAGACAAAGGGGAAAAAAAGAAUGAUGAAAAUCAUACUCCUGUCAUCCAAAAUGUUGAAGAACCCAGAAGUGACGUUUCCUCUACCCACGGUCAAGAGUCUCGAUGGGGCGGCAGCAGGAAACGUCUGUCCAUGGAGCUCACCUCUAAGUUUGAGUCAGCUGGCCUUUCUCUGCCCUCCCAGCCAACUGUAAACACCUCCACAACCACCACCAAAAAUGAUGCAAACAAACCAAGGCCUUCAGAUCCGGAGCCGAGCCAGACAGCAGCAGAGCCUCCAGACAGAGAGACCGACGAAGGUACAGUGAAGGAGGAUUACACCGGAGGAAGCAGUAUAAAACGCAGAAUCAGUCUACUGUUUGACUCAUCUUCGAGGCCAGAGGCCAUGACAAAGAGAGAGGAGCCAGAGAUUAUAAACGGCACGGAGGGUGUAAAGGGUGUGAAGGAGAGAAUUAAAAACUGGGUUACAGAAACGACCCCCGAGGAUACCAAGACUGAGAGGAGGCCUCAGGUUGCACCCCGACCCUGCUCUAAGAGCUUUGAGCCAGCAACUGCUCCAAAAGCAGAGGAAACACCCCAAAUGCCACCUGUUGAGCCACCUGCAACCUUGACAUCGCGCAGUCAGGCAGUGGAUCUUCCUUCAAAGGUGUCAUCUGUGGAACAACCCACAGAGACUCCAAUGGAAAUACCUGAAAUUACUUUAAUUGAAGUUAAAUCAUCAGAAAGUUCAAGCAAGACAUCAGGAAAGCAUGUGCCAAACGAGUCAACAGAAGGUGAUGUCCAGCUACGCAAACGCAGCUCAUCCAUGCCCCACACUUCCACUGAUGAGGCAGACUCAGCUCGGUGUGCUCUAAAGCGGGACAGCGCCAAACGCCGCUCUGUUCACUUUGGUGUCGUGGUGAGAGAUGAUGGUGGGCCUCCCCUGAUCCUCGGCUCAGCGUCUGAUUCCAGCGAAGAAGAAGAAGAAGAAGAAGAGGCUUCUGGGGAUGAAGCUGAGGAGGACAACGUUUCAGUGCCCGUUCAUAGAGGAGUCGCAGGUCUUCUGAAGAGGAAUGAUGAUGAGGCACGAGAGCAAGAAGAACAACUGAAACAUUUAGAAUUUGAAAAAAGACGGAGAGCGGAGGAGAAUGAACAGGCAAGACUAAAGUUGGAAGAGGAGCGGAAGCAAAAAGAAGAAGAAGAGAGGGAGAAAGAAAAGGCGAGGCAGAGGGAAGAGGAGGAAAGGGAGAGAGAGAGGUUGAAGGCGGAGGAAAUGGAGAGACGGAGGAAGGAGGAAUGGGAGAGAGAAUGCUUAGAAGAGGCGAGGGAAAGGCAGAGAGAAGAGAUGGAGAGGAAAAGACAGUUGGAGUUGAUGUUGCAGAGACAGAGAGAAGAGGAGCAAGAGAGGGCAAGACAGAAAGAGGAAAGACUUAAACGAGAUCAGGAAGAGAGGGAAAAGGAGAGAUUGAAGGAGGAGGAGAGACUGAGAGAGGAAAGAGGAAGACAAAGGCAGAGAGAAGAGAUGGAGAGGGAAAGGCAGUUGGAGUUGAUGUUGCAGAGACAGAGAGAGGAGGAAAGAGAGAGGGCGAAACAAAAGGAGGAGAGACUUAGAGAGGAGGAGGAGAGACUUAGAGAGGAGGAGAAGAGAUUGAUUCACGACCACGAGGAGCACAGAUCAGAGGGAAAACCGAUAGAGAGGAGAUACAGUAGAGCGAAAAAAAGAGAGGAGGAGUGGGAAAAAGAGUGGAUGAAACAGACUGAGACACUGGGAGGAGAAGAGGAGAAGGAAAGAGAGAAAGAGUUAGAGCUGAUGUGGCAGAGAAAGACAGAGGAGGACAGGGAGAGGGCGAGACAGGUGGAAGAGAGACUCAGACAGGAGGAGAGGGAGAAGGAAAGAUUGAGAGAGGAGGAGAUGGAAAGAGAAAGGGAGAGGCAAAGGAGACUGAAAGAGCUGCAAGAAAGAGAAAAAGAGAUGGAGAGGAUGAGGCAAAUAGAGAUGGAGAGACGGAGCGAGGAGGAGAGAAGGGAGGAGGAGAGGAAGAGGCAGAUUGAGAAAGAAAGAGUGGAGGAGCUGGAGAGAAAGAUGCGAGAGGAGUUGGACAGAAAGCGGGCACAAGAGCUGGAGGAAAAGUUACAAAUGGAGGAAGAGAGAAAAAGGAAAGAGAGCGCGGUGGACGAAGCAGAGCCAAAAUUAAUCAGCUUUGACUCCGAUGAUGUUUCUCAGAAGUCAGAUUCACCGUAUCCCUCCUUGGUGAAAACCCGUGAGCCCCCAGAGAGUCAGAUCAAAGUUGUUUACGAUGACUUCUCUGUCAAACCGUCUGUGAUGGAGGUGGAUUUUGACGACUUCUCAGUCAAACCGAUCAGAUGGGGUUCGCAAGCUAAAGCAGAAGCUAGUCCGCUCAUCCAGAGUUGGGAACCUGCCUCUGACAAAAAAGAAGUGGAAGCCUGGUCACCUCUGGAAGUCAGACCUUGGGAAUUUAAAGAACCAGAGAAGGUUGAAAAACCACACAUCCCAGAGCUGACACUACCACAAGAGAAUCCAGUAAAGGAGGAGGAGGAGCAGAGGCCAGAGGUGGCGCAGUUCAUCUCCAUGGAGGUGGAGCAGGAGCAGGAGAAGGAAAGGGUGGAGGAGGAGGAGACAAGAGAAGAAGUGGAAGAAGAAGACAAGCAGGAGGCACCAGUCAACAGUUAUAGCACUAAUGCUGGAGACAAUGAUGCUUUGAUAGACAAUGAGCCAGGCCAGCAGAAUGAGGCCUGUGAAUCUGAAACGGACAGUCCAAAGCUCGACCAUGACCAUGUUCCUGAGGUCUCCGUUGUAGACGUCGAUACCACCGAUUCUCACCAAGAGCCUGAGCUGCCUCCAUUCCCUGAGAGCUCCACUCCUCUCCUCGACACCAGCGCACAGAGAUCGAAGGCGGAUCUGGGUAGGAGGCGAAGUCGAUCGCGUCCAUCACGGGCACUCCUUGGAGGUUUGAGUCCGUUGGACAGCGCAGACUGGAGGACUAGUGACUCCACAGCAGAUAAAAAAGAGACAUCUUCUAAGGAAAAGGAGUCAGACUCUGAGGAUGAGCAGCCUAAAGCAAAGAUAGUCUGUUCUCCUCCUACCACCUCUCAGAGAGUACCCAUGUUCCCUGGGUUGAGCCCUGCAGCCUUACUUGCUCAGAUUAAAAAGAAAACAGGUGGAGGUGGAGAGGAAACAGAAGAAGACAAGGGAAGAGAGGAGAAGGAAAGUCAUAAUGUGGAAGCAGCACCGUCUCCCUCACAACUGUCCCGCUCUCCUCGCAACGCCGCUCAUCUUGCAGGGGCUGCGCGAGUGCUGCCACCCAUAGGCGGCACAGAUGGAGGUGCCGCCUCCUCUCCUGCUUGGCUGAAAGAACUGAAGUCAAAGAAGCGCAUGAGUCAGUUUGACGGCGAGGCUUAGCCAGACACAGGAGACAUUGUGCCAUCGCUUUUCAGCAAGAAUAAGUCCAUCUUAGCUGCCGCUGCCGAUUUGCCAUGAUUGCUCCAUUUUCCACUUUGAGUGCCUUAUUUUGGAUUUUUACUGAGAUUUACAGGAGGAGAAUUCAGACUUUUGCUGAAUGUAGAGGCCAUCAAGAACUCUUCUGGUUUGUAAAUGAAAUAUGGUGCCAAGGCUAUGUGCCAAGACUGUGAUGUGUUAAUGCCAAGUAAAUGUUUUAUCUACUGCUGUACAGAGGCUCAAUGGAGGGGGAAAACCCCAAUGUAAUGUAGAGCAAAGCCAUGGACUGUCUUAUUGUUUGAAUGUGUUAGUCCAUCAUAUAGCGACAGGGACUGAUGACAUUAGGCCUUCAGCAUGCUAUCUACCUUCACAAAAAACACACACAUAUGUACAGAAAUACUGAAUAUAUGGAAUUGCACCUUGUGUGUGUUUAGUUCAAAUUGUACAAAAUACCUUUUACAUUGUCUUUGCAAUCACAGAUCGUCUCAAGUAAAAGCUUAAAGCACUUUAAGAAAAACAAUAAAUGACCGUCCAUGCAGUACGUCUAAGCAAUAGUAUAAUCAAGUGCCUAAAUCUAGUAAUAUGGUUGAGGGUAUUUUUCUGUUUGUUACACAAUGAGGGUACGGUUGUACAUGAGAGGGUGCAGGUGGGUGGCCGUUGCCUGCGGAGGAGAUAUUCGUGCUAACUGUGCUGGGUGUGACGCACAUGGAAAGCUAGCUUGCUAGUCAAUGAUAGCUAGCUUGUUAAUAAAUACCACGCAAUAUGAUGUUAUUGGUACAUUUGCUUAUGUUCCAUGUCUGUCUCCUGACUCACUGCGGACCAAGCAGCUUCAGUUUGUGUUUUUCCUGGCCAGUAUUAUACGGUAUCAGAUGAUUAGACAACUACCAAUGUCUCCUCCACACAUCUCUUUGCAUUGGUUGAAGCUGUGACUUUGUUGGUCAAAGUUAAACUCCAUGUGAUACAAAGACAUGAAUUUGAUCUGCCACUAGAAGCAAAUGUUUUAUUCACCCCUCUGCUGGCAUUGAAAGGUAGUUGAUGGGAGGCAAAUAUUUGUCAGUGUCAGUUUUGCCUACGUGUGACCUUGCCCUGAAUGUCUGUCUUCUCUUUCCCAUUACACAAAACUUAAAAGAUGCCCUUCCUAGUUUGAUUAUAAAGCCCAGUAGCUUGUAAAGAGCAUCAACAGUGAGCUGGGAGGAAAUAUUGAGCAUGCUAUAACAAAGUCAUACUCAACUUGUGGCCCUCUGGCUUAAUCUAGCCCACAAUUGGGUAUUGUGUGGCCUGCCAACCAUGUUCUAAUUCACAACAAAAAAUUGAUUGAUAAAUUAAUAUGAUUUUUCCUUUGGUUUUUGUAUGUAAAUAAUGUCAGUGUAAACAAAAAAAGCAUCAGAAUUUAGCUUGUUUAUCAAAAAAAAAAAGUGCCAGGGGAGUAUCCCCCACAGAGGUCCAGGAUCUCAAAUAUUUGUUUAUUAAUUGGCCUCCUGUCAUCUUGAAAAAGUGGCCCCUGGGCAAAGCAAGUUGAGUAACCAUGCUGUACCAGAAUCAGGAAGUGUGUUUUAUAAAAUCUUAAAUCCAGAAAAAUGCAGCCUGCAUCUUCUCUAGAUGCUUUUAUGUGCCUUUUUAAUGUUGAAGAGUGACUGUCAUUUGUGCUGUAAUCAUUUAUGAUCAAUAUACUGUAUGAUAAGAGGAAAUUGAGGGAAUUUUAUUAAAACUUUUUCUAUGAAAUGCAA